AUGAUCAACGACUGGCUGUUCGGAACCAGCCGGGCCAAAUCAGCAAGACUGUUCAGCAGAAUGGGGAUUUGGCGGGAACCAGCAGUGCUCUGGUGGCUGGCUGCUGGAAACCCUCAGAGCCUGUCGCUUUCGAUGAGACCCGGUCGCAGUCGAGCUCGCCGCUGCCGCUUGUGGCAGUGGCUGAGGGGAUGGAGUGGCGGCAGAGGGCGGGAAGGGGAUUGGCGGGGGCUUGAUGCGCAGACAGGAGCGAUUGAGGCAGUGCCGAGGAAAUCCAUUGAUACCUUUGGUCAAAGGACUUCGAUUUAUCGAGGGGUGACGAGGCAUAGAUGGACAGGGAGGUAUGAGGCUCAUCUAUGGGAUAAUAGUUGCAGAAGAGAAGGGCAAACUAGAAAGGGUAGACAAGUUUAUUUAGGUGGUUAUGAUAAAGAAGACAAGGCUGCUAGGGCUUAUGAUUUGGCUGCUCUUAAGUAUUGGGGUACUACUACAACUACCAAUUUCCCAAUAAGCAACUAUGAGAAAGAAUUGGAGGAGAUGAAACACAUGACUAGGCAGGAGUAUGUGGCAUCGCUUCGAAGAAAGAGCAGUGGAUUUUCUCGAGGAGCCUCUAUAUAUCGAGGAGUAACAAGACAUCAUCAGCAUGGAAGGUGGCAAGCAAGAAUAGGCAGAGUUGCAGGAAACAAGGAUCUCUACUUGGGAACAUUCAGCACCCAAGAGGAAGCAGCCGAGGCCUACGACAUUGCAGCCAUAAAAUUCCGCGGUCUGAAUGCCGUCACAAACUUCGACAUGAGCCGCUACGAUGUCAACAGCAUCCUUGAGAGCAGCACCCUUCCCAUCGGUGGCGCAGCCAAGCGUCUCAAGGAUGCCUCCUCCUCUGGCCACACCACUGACACACUGACAAAUGGUCGAAACACGGAUAUCAAUGCCCACAUUGCCACCUCCCAACUCACCACCGUCGAUGGAAUAAACAGCUAUAAUUGGCCCACGAUCGCCUUCCAACAAGCGCAAGCCCAACCUUACCAUUAUUCAAACUACGGCCAAGCCCAAGCUUGGUGCAAACAAGAACAAGACCUUCAACAGCUUCAUCUGAACAACAAUACACAUAACUUCUUCCAACCAUACAAUUUGAUGAGUACUAUGGAUUCUUCGUCGAUGGAGCAUAGUACUGGUUCGAACUCCGUUAUGUACAACGGGAGUUACAAUGGCGGGUAUGUGAUGCCGAUAAGUACAAUGGUGGUUGAUCAAAGUAAUGGGAAUCAAGGAAGUAGUAGUUUUGGUGGGGAAAGUGAGAAUAUAUUGGGAGUUAGCGACCCUUACAGUGGUGGUAGAAGUGUUUACUAUCCAACAGGUGUUGUUAAGGAUAACGGGAAUUAUGAUCAAAAUGGUUGGAUGGCAAGAAGUAGUAGUAACAAUGUUGGAGCUCCUCUCUUCACAGUGUGGAAUGAUGCUUAGGGUUUAGGGUUUUAUGAGAGAGGAGGAAGCAGGAGGGAUGGUGGUAAUAGAGAAGGAUAUAUAUAGCUUAGCUCCUGAUUUUGAUUCCUUUGUAGUUUAAAGAAGUGAAUUAGGUGUUUUUUUCUCCUUUUGUUUUCUUUGUAUCCUGUUAUUGAUUACUGAAUUCUAACAUAUCGGAGUUCA